GCUGAUUCUCAACCGAUCUGGCGGCUGUGAUAUUUAUAUAUAUAUGACUGGGAGUUCCGAUCGGUCACGUCUCUACAACGCCAACUGUUUGCACGCUGAUAUUGUCUUUCAUUUAUGAAAAUUCUGUCAUGGGCAGUUCAAGUCAGAGCAACUUUCAUUCAAAUAUUUAAUGUUCAUUUAAUGACAAAAACAAAACGCAAUUUGAACACCAGUCUUGGAGAUAGUUUGAAGCGUAUUUUUUGCCACUGCGAUAGAAGGCCCGGGCAACACAAGCCUACAACUAUUGAAGUUUAUUGAAGACAAUUUCCUGGAAAGAUAACUCAAACAAAAUGGUCAUCAGUAUUUCACGACAGAUGGUUGCAAAACGCAGUUCAACAAAGCAUGGCGCACCCCCCGGUGGACACAUUCUGUGUAAAGUGUGUGGGGAUAAGGCAUCUGGCUUCCACUAUGGGGUCUUCUCGUGCGAGGGAUGCAAGGGUUUUUUCCGACGGACAAUCCGACAGAACAUCACCUACAAACCGUGUGAUAAUCCCAAGGGGUGCCUCAUCAUGAGAAUCAGCAGGAACAGGUGUCAGUUCUGUCGUUUACAGAAAUGCCUAACUGUGGGCAUGUCACAUGAGUCUGUACGGUUAGGACGCUGCCCGAAAAAGGACCGACCAUCUAGCGCCAAUUUCUUUGUCCUUCCACAAAACCAGAGCGGCGCUGUUGAUGUGGACAAGCAGGUGAAGAACGAACAGAUGGUUCUGUGUAUACACGACGCCUUCAAAUCCGCCUCCAAGGAGUUCAGCAGAGUCUCUAGCGAAGCCGCCCCUGCUGAGAUGGAAGUGAUAUCCACUCAGGAAGAGUCAAAGAAAAUCUACCUCCGGUAUCUCCCAACCAUGGUGAGAUGUAUCUCCACAUUCGCCAAGGAGAUUCCACAGUUCCUAGACAUCUCCCUAGAGGACCAACGUGUCCUCAUCAAGUCCUGCUUGCUGGAGAUGGCGGUCCUUUACGAUUCCACCCACGUCCAUCUGACAGAUGGGGUUUGGGUGGAUGAAAAGCUCAAAUUCCACAUGGACGUGGAGGCUUUCCCCAAGCUUGGACUCAUGGGAACAGUUUUCACGAAUUUCCACCAUGUUGUCCUUAAAAUCAGAAAGUUUGAAUUGACGGACGUGGAGCUGUCCCUUAUCUGUGCAAUUGUCCUUCUGUGUCCAGAUCGCCAAGGGCUAAAGACGACGAAGAUGUUAGAGAACCUGGAAACGGACCUGUGCAUGGCCCUCAAGUGUCAACUGCUUCUUAACCACGGGGAAGGCGUCCUUCUCCUCGCCCGCAUAAUAAACAUGCUGGUCGAUCUACGGACAAUCUCUACAAAGUACCUGGAAGAAAUUCUCAAUGCUCAAGUGGACAUGAGUUCGACCAAAGGUUGAUCCGAUCCCAGGGAGUAGAAGUUGUAUCAUGACGAUACUGGAAGCACCGCCAAGUGCAUUCACGAUCUGUGAUAAAUGUGAAGACACUUUCCACCGACAAAUGGCAGCUCGGUGAUCAUGUGACCUCUUGCCAUGCAAACUGCAGCUUUUGUCGAAGGGAGAUAACUCGAUGAUGUGCGUCGAUGUUACUGUGGCAACGAGCGUUGUCGUACAUUCCAGAGUUUUGUCUUUCACAGUAGUAUCCUUGUGUCAUUCAUGUGUUCUGACUGUCUUUGUUGAUUAAUACAGUCAAACAUAAACCAGUGAAACUAAAUAAUUGUGUCGUACGCGCUGUUAUGGUAAUACGUAUGCAUGUAUUUUUAUAUUUUUGAAAAACCAAACUGUUGGUUCUGUACAUACCAGCACUAAAUAUGUUUUAGGGUGCGAUGAAAAUUGCAAGCCUGUGGUCAUAUUUUAGAUAAAGAAAUCCAACACGUGACACUCAAAAUAUUAACCUUAUUUGGGUACCGUUGGGAAUGCUAUUUAAUAUGUAUAAAGGUGUAUAUUUUUGUUGUCUAAUGGUAUGCAAGGGAAGUAGUGAUAUUAGCGGUUUGAGGGUUUGCUUCAGUUAAUACAUUUAAGCUCUUGUGGAGAGGGUAUCAAGGUUUGAUUUUCCAACGAGACUAGGAAGGCUGAAGGUAUCGGCUACUGAUCCUGCACCAAACAAUUGGGUUACCAAGUCACCUGAUCCCGUAAGCUGGUGUGAAGUUGCUCAAAAUAUGAAAGUCGAGCACAAGGCUUAGUCAUGAUGCACCAUAUAUACAUAUAUAUUAUGGAGCCAAAUCCCGUAUAGGUUAUACAAACGCAAACAUCAAAAAGCAAGAAAACACAGCCCUCACCAUAAGGCUGGAAUAUUUUAGAGAGAGGCUAUACAUCGUGUAAAAAAGAUGAUAUAGAGUAUAUAGUCUAUAGAAAGUCUGCUAACGGGACAUUAAAGCCUUAUCGGUACCCAUUAAAGUUGAUCGUAAACAACUGAGCAAGUCCGUCCGUUAUGGUGACUGGUGUUAGAAUAGAUCCCUGUUUUCCCAUGUUGGUCGUAAAGGGAGCUAAUUAUUUUGGCGGGUCAGGCUGUCUGGUUAUGUGCUAUCGUGGUGCUUUGGACUCAAGUGAGGUGUACGCAAACCCGUGCUUUUAAUGUGAUGGGCUAUGUAUGUGGGUUGUGUCGUCUACAAGACUGUAUUGACCUACAGUUGUAAGUAGCUAUCUUGUAGUAUUCCUGUAUAGUGUGCUUCAAGCAGCGUAAAGCGUUAACCACUCACUCAUGAUAUACCACUCACCAGUGCGUUAGAAAUAUAUCUAGGUUCAUGAUGUUAUUAGUGAUGCAUUGGGGUCAAAAACAAUCACUGCAUUCAAAUGUACUUGAUUCUCAUUAAUGUAUGCUGGAGAGAACGCCUGGUUUUCCGUGUAUGGAUUGUUUCGCGUUGUGGUUUGGUCCAUGGCUAUAAGAGGGGCGGUGGGGGAGCCUAGUGGUUAAAGCGUUGGCUCGUUACGCCGAAGACCCGGGUUCGAUUCCCCACAUGGGCACAAUGUGUGAAGCCCAUUUCUGGUGUCCCCCGUCGUGAUAUUGCUGGGAUAUGGCUAAAAGCGUUGUAAAACCCAACUCACUCACUCACUCACUAUCACAUCAUAUCUGUUUGAACUUCCACGUGGUCCGAUGAAGAAGGUAAGGUAGUAGACGUGGACCUGUCUAAAAUGCUCUGUCAAAUUCUUUGUAUUUGGAAAAUAUCAUUUCAAAUGAUUUGCAUCGUGAUAAUAUUGUGAUCGUGUCAGGCAGACACUUAAUAGAUCAUCACACGCCCGUCUAUUGACCAGCCACAAUUAAUUUCGUAGUACACACACACAC